AUGUCGCUUACUGAAGAACCAAGAUACACACAUCCUCAAAAAUACGUUGGUUUUGACACCAUCACAGCCCAAAUCGAGAACCGUUUAUUGAAACGUGGUUUCCAAUUCAAUAUCAUGGUUGUUGGUCGUUCUGGUUUAGGUAAGAGCACAUUAGUCAAUACCUUGUUUGCCUCGAAAUUGGUUCAAUCCAAUGGCCGCAAAUUGCCCACUGACCCAAUUGAAAAAACCACUGAAAUCAAAGUAUCACACCACACAUUGCUUGAGAAUAAUGUUCGUUUGAAUGUCAAUGUUAUUGAUACCCCUGGAUUCGGCGAUCAAAUUAAUAACGAAAAAUGCUGGGAUCCUUUGGUCAAGUAUGUAAAAGAACAACAUUCACAAUAUUUGAGAAAAGAGUUGACAGCCCAACGUGACAAGUUCUUACCUGAUACCAGAGUCCAUUGCAUCUUGUACUUUAUUCAACCUAAUGGACAAAAAUUGAAAACUUUGGAUAUUCAAGCAUUGAAGAAAUUGUGUGAAAUUGCCAACGUUGUUCCAGUUAUUGCCAAAUCUGAUUCAUUGACAUUGGAGGAGAGGGCAGAGUUUAAGAAAAAACUCCAACUUGAAUUCCAAAAGUAUGGGUUCAACAUCUACCCUUCUUCCUCCGAAGAGUAUUCCGACGAGGAGCGUCAAUUGAAUGAAGACAUCAAAUCGUUGAUCCCAUUCGCGGUCGUGGGGGCCCAAACGGAAGUCAACAUCAACGGAGAACUUGUCAGAGGCAGACAAACCAAAUGGGGAGCAAUCAAUAUUGAGGAUGUGAGCCAAUGUGAUUUUGUAUUUUUGAGAGAUUUCUUGACAAGAACUCAUUUACAAGAUUUGAUUGAAACUACAAAUUUGACUCAUUAUGAGUCUUUCAGAUCAAAGCAAUUGAUUGCAUUGAAGGAAAAUGCCUCCAGUAAUAGGCAAUCUCAAGUGCACACUUAG